ACUAGUUUUACUUACCUUCCAGGACCUUGCUGUGGAGGAGUAGCAGGAAUGCUAGCACGCAUGUGCAGCACAGGAAAUUUGAUGGAGCACCGGAAGUGACGCAGUAGGUGUGCGUCUUCGUGCUGCCAGCGGUCGUGCAGAAUGGCGCUGAGCUCGCUCUACCGGUCUCUGUUCCGCCGGACAUCCACCUUCACGCUGACCAUCGUGCUCGGGGCCGUGCUGUUCGAGCGGGCCUUCGACCAGGGAGCGGAUGCUUUAUACAGUCACCUAAACCAAGGGGUGAGUACGGCGGCCAAGGACACAGAGGGGUCAUCGGUAGCACAGACAUGGCUGGACCGGGAGUAACCGGGAAACGGGGGGCGGGGGGGGAUUACAGCAGGGCAGGCACGGAGUCCUCUGGAGGGGCGUGCGGUCACACCGUGCUUAACCCGCUUUAUGCUGGCUGGAUAGCAGGUGUAGCCGGGACGGUGACAGACUGGGGGUGACAGGCGGUAAUAUCACAUUAAACACAAUGACACGGUUAGUGUUUCCACACGUGGCUUCCUUACAAUAUCCACUGUUUUCAAUUGUUGCUCGUACUCUAGCACCUUGCAGCAGUUACACUCAUCAUAGUGAAUGGCUAAAACGAGCUUUCUGUCCAGGUUUAAACAUGGAACUAAUUUAUAUGUAAUAUCGUAAAGCAUUAUAUAUCUCAACCAGAAUACAUUGUUAUGGAAAAUGCAAGUGCACAUAAGGGAAUAAAAAGAUGCAAAUUGAGAAAUACUAUUUAAAAAAAAAAAAAGUGAAUGCAACUCUUUUUAUACAUCUCCUGUAACGAUGAGCUCUGGCUUCUACACAGUAAACUAGAUAGGAAGCUGUAUACAAAGUAUGCCGUUACAAGGACUACAUGGGGCUUUUAUAUUAUGGUAUAUUAUUUUAUUUUUUACUGUAAAGAUCAUAGGUUGUUAUCGUGCUUUUAGUGUUCCUUUUAAACUCGUAAGGAAUUGGAUACCUUGGAUUUCUGUAUGGGGAGUUAAAUAAGGGUGUAAACAUUAAAAAAACUUUUUUAUAUAUAUUUUUUUUUUAAGUACACAUUAAAGCUUUAAAGGGACAUGAUAUGCACAAAAAAACAACUUUUGGAGAGCAAAAAAUGGGUCGCAAGAGUAUUCUGAGAACAGACAGCAGCUAAAAUAGCCUGCCCUUCGGUGGGUCCCCGCUCAGAACUCAAGCUGGUUUUAGCUCACCUUGUGCCAUUACAGAGAGAACAUAUCUGAAGCAUAUCAGACUGGUCCCACCCAUACAGGCAGUCCAGAUCCGAAAUGCCAGCAAGUUCUCUCUGCACGAGAGAUACAGCAACCUCAGAUGAUCGUUUCAGCCCGUUCUCAGUAUUCUCUUGCGACCCAUUUUUGACUCUCCAAAAAACAACUAGCUCAUGUAAAUCUUUAGAUCAUGCUCUUGCAGUCUCACUGCUCAGUUCUUUGUCAUAUAUAUUUACAUUUAUUUAUUUUUUUAUGCAGCCCUAGACACACCACCUUGCAUGUGACUUAUACAUCCUUCUUAAACACUUCUUGUAAAUGUUGAAACCUCUUUAUUUCUAAUUCUGUUUAAUCUCGAAUUUCUUAUCUCAUUCUCUGUUAAUAGCCACACUACAUGCUUCCUGUAAAGCUGCUCAAUUAUUUUUUUUGAUUGGUGUUAAAUUGCUUUGUAGAGCCUGCAGCGAGGAUAGUGAUGAAACACUCAUUCAUUAAUGCUCAAUAACUCUUUUAAACAUUAUUCUUUAUUAUCCCUGAUGUAAAAGCUGUUUUCGUUUGAAUUUUGUGGUGUAAAUACACUGUGAAAGAAUGGGGAUGAUUACUAUUUUUUAUUUUUUAAUAGAAAUUGUGGGAACACAUCAAACACAAAUAUGAGCAAGAAGAAUAACGUUGCAGUGACAAGUGUAUGGAUCCUCCUGUACUGAACUGCAUGUGCCUGCUGUUCAAACAAGUAUGGCAGAGAGGUUGAAAAUUACAGACUUGAUUCCUGCAUCUUGGCAGAUGUCGUCCUUUGUGUAUUUAUCGUGCUUAAAAUAUACACCUGUUUAAUAAAAUACCUAUUUAACAACAAAAUUUGGA